AUGCAAGCCUACCCUUUCGAAUGGUAUGAUAUAGAAUAUGCAUAUUAUAGACAUUCACUAUUUCCAAUCACAAAUAAUUACCAUAACAGCAGCCAAGGUCACGUGGUCUAUGCGGUACCUGAUGAUUUUUUAAUUCAGCAGUCCCUAUUAUCUUGCAAAAAGUUAUAUCCCGUAACAUCAAUAGAUUCCCCUCUAUCUGGUUCUCCUGAUAUAGAUACUAAUGAACUUCGAUUGAGUUGGUCCAAGCCCAUAUAUGGGAGGUGUGAAGAAAUAGGCAAGUAUUGUAGAUUGAGGAGGAGGAAUAAUAACAACAACAGCAGCAGGAAACAUAAAGAAAUUGAAUGCUUUGACAAUAACAUACAUAACCCACCACCAAUUACUACUGGUGUGAUACCACCUGGCUUGAUUCUUCUUCUUGUAGUCAUGGUCACAAUAUAUUUUGUCCACAUAUCAAAUAAAUUAAAGAAAGAGGAUCAAGUAAAAAUUGAAAGAUUUUUGGAGGAUUACAUAACUCUCAAACCUACUAGAUACACUUAUGCCGAGAUUAAGAAAAUUACUAACAAUUUUAAGGAAAAACUAGGCCAAGGAGGUUAUGGAACAGUGUACAAGGGAAAACUUUCCAAUGACAUCCACAUUGCAGCCAAGAUCCUCAACGAUGUCAAGGGGAAUGGGGACGACUUCAUCAACGAAAUGGGAACAUUAGGCAGAAUCCACCACAUCAAUGUGGUUUGCCUGGUCAGAUACUGUGCCGAUGGAUUUAAAAGAGCUCUCGCUUAUGAGAACUUGCCAAAUGAUUCGUUAGAGAAGUUUAUAUCAUCUAAUCAAGAAAAAUGUUCACUUGGUUGGGAGAAGCUACAAGGUAUUGCUCUUGGCAUAGUGUCAAGCUUAUUGAUUGCUAUUUUGUGGCUUGUCUCCAAUCUUGUGGCUCAUCAACUUAACUAA